AUGCUUCGAAAUCGAAUACAUAAAAAAUCUGAUAAAACAUGUCAGCAUAAAAUUAAAUCGAACCAACUUCAAUUAUAUUCAUUUGAUAUGAUGCCAGACUAUCUUCAAUCAAAUCCAUAUAUACGUACUGGUUAUCGAUAUGGUUUAAAUUUUAAGGAUUGUUUAAUUAGUUUACUUUAUCUAAAUAAUGAAUCAGUAAAUAUUUGGUCACAUUUAAUUGGUAGUGGAGUUUUUCUAUACUUUUUCUUUCGUGAUAUUUAUAUUGGAAAUGCAUUACCAUUUCUACAGUCAACAUCGGAUUAUUAUUUUAUGUUAUUUUAUACUUUUUCUGUUAUUACAUGCAUGUUAUGUUCUGUUUUAUUUCAUCUCUUUGGUUGUAUAUCAUCACGAGUAUUUGCAGAUUUUCUUAAAUUAGAUUUGUGUGGUAUUGGACUUGGUAUUCUUGGUUGUUAUUUAUGUGGUCUUCAUAUUUCAUUUGAAUGUUAUCAUGAUUGGAGAAUACGAUAUGAAACAAUGAUUAUUUGCAUUAUGUUUAUUGCUGUUAUAUAUUAUGUACAUGCUGUAAAACGGUAUGUAACACGAAAUAUUCAUAUAACUUUAUUUGUGGCAAUAUCUCUUCUUGGAUUUUUGCCUGGCUUACAUUGGUAUUAUCUUCAUGGUGGCUGGUCAAAUCAAUUUGUUCAACAUUUUUUUCCAAAAUUAUUUGUACUCUAUGGAAUAUUAGGUUUCGGAACAAUUUCUUAUUUAACAAAAUUUCCUGAAAGAUUUUUUCCCGGCUAUUUUGAUUUUAUAUUUGCAAGUCAUCAAAUUUGGCAUAUUUCAUCCCUAGGUGCGUUUAUUUGGUGGUAUGUAAAUGGUGUUGAAUUAUUACAAUAUCGUCUUAGUAAUCCUUGUCAUAGUCUGAAAAAAUGA